CGCGCCCGCUGGACGAGCUGCCGCGCGCCGCCGCCGCCUUCCUCGCCGCGCUCGCGCUCGCGCCGCACCCGCCCGCCGCCUUCCACACGGCGCUCGACGCGCUGCACGACGUCGCUAAGGGCAGAUCAUGGUCAGCCCGUCUAGCGUGUCUAGACCUUGCAGUGCCUCUACUUUUCUACGGGUUGCCGAUGCUAUGUGACAAACCCGAAAGUGCAGUUCGUGCUGAGAAAUUCGCUCUUAGCCUUAUGAGAGACAGUCGUGUUGAGGUGCGACAAUCAGCCGCGAAACUAUUAACGGGUCUGAUGCAUUGUCGUGCUCUUCCCGAUGAGGAUAAAACUCUCCACUCUCUCAUAAAAAGCUGUCGGUCAAAGGAACUGAGGGAAAGACACUCCGGGGUACUCGGGUUGUGUGCCUAUCUCUCAUCCAGACCCUACAGCCUAGGUCCCAAACUGGGUGAUGUUCUAACAGAGCUUGCUAGACACACAAAUGGCCCAGAUCCUAUACCAGCCACCAUACGCACAGCACUUGCAGACUUCAGACGGACUCAUCAAGAUGACUGGCCUAAACACAGGGAACAACUUACUGAAGAAGAAUUGGAUCUACUUGCUGACCUCACAUCACCACCCUCAUAUUGUGCUUAAUCACGAAAAUCAAAACAAUAAUGAAUAAAAUGUACAUACUUCAACAUUAUUUUUUUAUGUUCUUUGUAUCAUAUAGCAAAUGUUUUUAAAUGUUUAUAAUUUGUUUUUGUUGUUUGGUAAUAUUCAAAUCAUGUUUUUGAAUCACUUAACAACUGCAAAGUAAAUAUUUCUCCAUUUUGUUUGCCUCAUAAUGUGGUGAAGGUUAUUUUAAAAAUUUCCCUGGUGAUGGCGUGCUGUAAUAGUUAAAUAAACAUGUAUAUGGGAAUGUUUAAAACUAAGUAAAUGUGACUAUUUUUGUUUUGAUAUAUGCAUUUCUAGAGUGUUAAUAAAAAUAAUGUGUAUGUUUUUGUUUAGUUCAUGUAUUUAACCUUAUUUCACAUAACUUUUUAUGAAACUGUACAUUAUGAAAACAGCUGUAAAAUGGUAAAUCAUAUAAUAAUUUAAUAUAAAAUAGAAAAUUGCUGAUGCCUCCUGAUAUUACGCUUUUAGCAAAAUAUUGGUGUUUGCUUUAUAUAAGAUUGUUUUAUUUUUGUUACAAGAGACAAUUUUCUUAUUUUGCAAUGAUUUUUCUACUGUAUAUAAAUCACUUUGUAUAUUUUUGAUCACAUAACUAUUGUAAAUCUAUUAGAAGUAUUGUUUAAUUUCUCUUGAUGGCACUGAGAACAUUAAGUUACCAAGAUUUUUUGAUGACAUUAUUAAAGUCUGAUAUUUUAAUGAAGUUUUGCCUAUCAUCAAUUACACAAAACUAGAUUUUGACAUAUAUUUAUGCAAAUAGAAUUUUCCAACAUGUAUACUCAGUGUAAUAAUAUUGGCUCAUGUAGUUAGUCUAUUGGAAGCAUAAUAAAUAUUGAUGGCUAUGGAAA